CUUUAGCUCAUCUUUGAGAUUUUUUAAAAUCAGCUGGAUGUUUAUCUUCAAAUUUCUUGAAUUUUGAUUUUAUAAUUAUUGUAGACAUUAAAUGAUAUUUUAUUUUGAAAUCAAAAUUAAUAUUCCGAAACGAAAUGAUACGAUAAAUACUAGUAGGUGGCAGAUAGUGCCGUAACCAUAGUGACAGAUAUGUUAUUGUUAUUUCGUAAUUUGUAAAUAUGUGUGUAAAUAUACCAAAAUUUUACCAAAAAUAAUUGUUAAUAAAAAUAAAUAAUAUGUUUUUAACCAUUAAAAUUAAUGAAUUAUUUGAUAUAUUUAAAAUUUGUCAAAUGAAUUCUUUUAAAGUAGUUUCAAUAAUGAGAUACUAAAAUUGAAUGAAAUGUCACAAAAAUUAUCUGAUAAUGCUGAAGAUAAUCAAUAUUCACCUUUUAAAAUGAAAAGAGAAGGAACAUUUGUUGUCCCAUCAUUGAAUAAAAACAGUGAUACUUAUAAAACAUCAACUCGCUUAUUAGUUGCUUCUAACCGAGCAAAAUAUUCUGCACAGAUUGAAAAAAUUAAAAAACCAGAUGUGGAAAUAGUAGUAUAUCAGUAUGAAGGUAGUACUCUUGAUCUCAUAAAAGAUGAAAUUUCAACACUUCUUAAAGAAAAUAAAGCUGAAUGCAUUGGAUUUCUUUUUCAUGGGACAGAGAAAGAAUUAUUUGUUGCUAAUGGAAAGGUAUUAUCUGUAAAAUCUAUAACAGAAGAUGAAAGUAUACAACUAUUUUUUCAUAGUAUUAUUAAAAAGCAUCUAGAUAAGGAAAGUUUAAAUUAUCAUGUUGAUAUUCUUGGCUGUACAUUAGCAAAUGAAAAAAUAGAUGCUAUUUCAGAAGAAAUGAAAAAAUUAUUAGAGGUAUUAUCUGUAAAAUCUAUAACAGAAGAUGAAAGUAUACAACUAUUUUUUCAUAGUAUUAUUAAAAAGCAUCUAGAUAAGGAAAGUUUAAAUUAUCAUGUUGAUAUUCUUGGCUGUACAUUAGCAAAUGAAAAAAUAGAUGCUAUUUCAGAAGAAAUGAAAAAAUUAUUAGAGUGUCCUGUUUUAAUAUCAAGAGAUCUCCAUGGAAGUGAUACAAGUGUUUCUUUAUUAAAAGAUAAUGAAAUUAAAGAUGUAUCUAUUGGUGAAAUAUAUUUUGAUAUAAUUAAGUUAAAAGAUAUGUUGAUAAAUUCAUCACAGAAUUUGACUGGUUAUGAAAAAAUUCGAACAGUUGGAAAAGGUGCUUUUGGAACAGCUGUACUAUAUAAAAAGAAGGAUGAUGACUCUUUAGUUAUUUUGAAAGAAAUUAACAUGCAUGAUCUCACAGCAGCAGAAAGACAGUUGGCAAUAAAUGAGAUAAAUGUGUUAUCUAUGUUAGAUCAUCCUAAUAUUGUAUGUUAUUAUGACAAUUUUGAACAAGAUGGCAUCUUAAUGAUUGAACUAGAAUAUGCUGAUGGAGGAACACUUGCUCAAUAUUUAGGACAGUUAAAAAGGCCUUUGGGAGAACAUGAAAUUUUAAUAUUGUUUCAACAGAUUGUUUCAGCCAUUUGCCAUAUGCAUGAACAUAAUAUUUUACAUAGACAAAUACCACCAGACAUAGUAGUUAUAUUUUCUGCCAGGAGUGCAAAAACAAUGUUGCAAUGUGAAGGAAAACCCUAUAAUGAGAAAUCUGAUAUAUGGGCUCUUGGAUGCAUAUUAUAUGAAAUGGCUUGUUUACAGAAAACUUUUGAAGGAUCUAAUCUUCCUGCUUUAGUUAACAAAAUUGUCAAGGGUCAGUUUGCUCCAGUUCGUGGAAAUUAUUCACUUGGAUUUAAAAAAUUAAUUCAAGAGCUUCUACAAAGAGAUCCUGAAUAUAGACCUACAGCUAAAGAACUACUAAAUGCUAGAAUACCAGAGUUACUGAAACAGUUUGAAAAAUUUUCACACAAAUAUGAUGAUGAGAAUGAAGAAUUAUCAAUAAGAUCCAAAUUUCCAAUUAAAUCCAGCAGCAAUAAAAAUAUCUUGAAGCAGCCCCGAACAGUACUUUAUCAAGUUAAAAUGCAUGAAAUGGAUAUUUCUUUAACACCUAUUUUAUUACCUCCACAAAGCAGAAUUAAAGAGGUAGCUUUGAGUACUACCCAUACAAUAGCUUUAACAUAUGAUCUUUUGGCUUAUACAUGGGGUGAUGGUAGGAAAGGUCAACUUGGACAUGGUAUGCUAGAAAUUUGGAGACAUAAACCACAAUGUGUUGAUGCUCUUAAAGGAAAAAAUAUCAUCAAGGUUUGUGCAGGAGAAGGUUUCAGUGUAUUUACUUGUGAUAAUGGUAUAGUUAUGACAUGUGGUGAUGGUAGUCUUGGCUGUCUUGGUCAUGGUGACUUAAGUAAUUGUUUGAAACCAAAACUGAUAGAAAAGUUAUUAAGUGUUGAUGUAUCAACUGUGUGUUGUGGUCCACAUCAUGUUGUUGUUGUGGGAGGUGAUGGUGAAGCUUUUGCAUGGGGUUGUGGAAAUGGUGGUCGUCUUGGAAUUGGAAAAGAAGAUGACUGUUGUUCUCCAACUCCAGUUCAACUCGCAGAUGAUAUUUUUGUUAAAAGUGUAUAUUGUGGUAUAAAUGGAACAAUGUUUGUAACUGAAACUGGUUCUGUACUUGCAUGUGGAAGAAAUGACUAUAAUAAAUUAGGAUUAAAUGAACCAUCAGGAUUUCUUAUGCAAAUGAAACAUUUAAUGAUUAAGACAGAAGUGGAAAAACAGUUAGUUCCAACACGUUUAAGAUGGUUACAUCGUCGUGUUGUUUCUAUAUCUAUGGGAGCAACACACACUGCUAUAUUGGUAGAACCAGGUCACAUAAUUAUGUUUGGUUGUAACCAGUAUGGACAGUUAGGCCGAGGAAAUGUUCGUAAAAAUUCUUCACCAUCUGUAGUUAAAUCAAUGCAAGAUAAAGUAGUAACUAUGGUACAGUGUGGAAACAGUUAUACAGUUGCUUCUACCAUAGAAAACACUGUUUAUUUUUGGGGAGGAAGACAAGUUACUUCUACACCAUCUAGAACUGAAAGCAUUGAUUUAUCCUUAGAAAAAGAUCCUGUUUCACAAAGUUUCAAAACCUAUAGAUCUUAUUAUAAUGAGAAGUCUAAAAAUGAUUUAGAAUAUGAAAAUUCUGUUAUUAGUGACUGUUCCAUUUCUGAAGUAAUAAAAAUUGGUAAAAGUAAUUCUCCAUUGAUGACAGAAUUAGAAAGAAUUGGCCCAGAUUCUUCAAUUAUUCAAGUUAGGACACCAGAAUCUAGACUCUCAGAUUCAUUAUCUUCAUCUCAGUUAACAUCUAGAAGGCAUUCUGAUGCAGAUUAUCCUAAAGCAGAAUUUACCCCUGGGAAAAAAGAAGCCGUUUUACAGCCUCAGGAAAUUUUGGUUCUUUAUGCUUCUUCUGCACAAAUUACUCGGGGAGAAACUGUUACACUAUCCAAUAUUUAUUGCCAUGCUAAUCAUCUUUACUUAGCUGUAAAUACCACAGCGCCAAUACCUAAAAAGAAGUCCAACAGAAAUAAUGUUUUAAGCAAUUCAAAUAUUUCAAAAAAUGCAUUUAAAAUAAAUAAACAUAAUUUGCCUGAGGAAGAUAGUAUAGGACCAGUUCCAGAAUGGUUGAAAGAAGAACUUGCAAAUGCUAUUUUACCUGGAAUUACCAUGGAUAAUAUUUCAGUGCCAAGGCAAGAAAACACUUUUGAUUCAUCAAAUAAAUUGCAUAAUAAUCAGAAUAUAGAUGUUGCAAUGAUAAAAAAUAAAAGUGGUAGUACUCCAAAACAUAAAACCUCUGAGCAUUUUGAUAAUAUAGAUGAUAGAAAUAAAUCAUUAAAUUAUUCAUUUAGUGUUAACUCUAUUAAUGAAGUUAAAGAAACUCAUCUUAGAAAGGAGUUAGAACAAUUAAUUGAAGAUAAAAAAGUAACAGAAGGGAAAUUAAAGCAUUUGGAAGAGGAACUUAUUGAACAAAAUAAAACAUAUGCACAAAGUGAAGAAAAAUUUAAGGAAAGAGAGAUGAUUUUACAAGAAGAAAUAAUGAAUUUAAGGCAGCAAUUAAAUCAACAAAAUAAUUCAUUGGAGGAAUACCAUUCACAAAUGAAACAAUUACAAGUGAGUUAUUUAUUUAUUUAUUUGAUAAAUAUAUAAGAAUUCUAAAAUAUUUGUUUUGGAAUUUAUAAU